GCUCCUCUGGGCUACCUUGGCCGGCCGGAGCCGGACUCCCGCGGGCGAUCGCGAGGGCAGAGCCCGGCAGCUAGCUAGUCGGAUCGCCAGCUCCGCAGCUGGGAGCGGGCCCCGCCGGCUCCGCGGGACGCACUGCUGGGGCGGGCAUGGAGAAGCGAUGCCGCGCGAGCCGGAGCACCAGGGCUGUCCGGCUGUCCCGUGUCACCCUCCAGACACCCAGAGCCUUACAUUCCGGAUUUGCGGGAAGAGGAUCCGCCCUCUUGGUGACCGGGGACCAAGGCACUGUAAAGUGGCGUACGUACAGCGUCACUCACCGGCCCUGAAGGCAUGCUGCAGACUGCUGGCGCCAAGGCUUUAAGUUGCCUGGCGCACUGGUUGCUGCCCUGAAAGUGGCAACUCGGUAGUUGGAAUAACCCUUUGAUUGUGUCUGCUGUAUUCAUUCAUUGAAGAAGAAAAAGAAACUGUUCUCGGAAUUGCUAGAUUAGUAAAGUACCUCUGAUCCAGCCAUGACCAGGUGGGCUAGAGUUACUACUUCAAAUAGUAAGCGACCCCUGUCAGCAACAUCAUGGGAGGACAUGAAGAAGGGGUCUGUGGAGAGAGCAGACCAAAGCCUUCCAGACCGUAAGCAGUGUCAAAGCAGCGGGCUGUCCCUUAGAAAUGAUUCACCUCAAGCAAAACGCAAAAAGAACAAGAAGAAAAAAGAGUACUUGAAUGAAGAUGUGAAUGGAUUCAUGGAGUACCUGAAGCAGAACUCACAGGUGCUUCACAAUGGACAGCUGAUAGCAGCCGACAGCCGGGAAGUGAGGGAAGAAAUUGCAGUGGCCUUAAAGAAGGACAAUCGACGGGAAGGAAGGCGGCUAAAGAGACAGGCGGCAAAGAAGAAUGCAAUGGUGUGUUUCCACUGUCGACAGCCUGGCCACGGAAUUGCUGACUGCCCGGCUGUGCUAGAGAGUCAGGACAUGGGCACCGGCAUUUGUUACCGCUGUGGGUCCACGGAGCACGAGAUGAGCAAGUGCAGAGCUAACGUGGACCCCGCGCUUGGUGAAUUUCCUUUUGCAAAAUGUUUUGUCUGCGGAGAAAUGGGACACCUGUCCAGAUCCUGCCCCGAUAAUACCAAAGGAGUCUAUGCUGAUGGUGGUGGCUGUAAGCUCUGUGGCUCUGUGGAACAUUUUAAGAAAGACUGCCCUGAAAAUCAGAACUCAGAUCGGAUCAUCACGGUUGGUCGCUGGGCAAAGGGAAUGAGUGCAGACUAUGAAGAGGUGCUGGAUGUGCCCAAACUGCAGAAACCUAAAACCAAAGUACCCAAAGUUGUUAAUUUUUGAUAAGAAUUGGUACAGUUGUUACUUACCACCUAAGGUUACUUUCCUAAUUCAGCCUGUAGAGACUGAAGCUGGUCACCCGUGGAGGCAAACCUAUGCUCUAGACACCACUCUGACCUUGGUGGGGGCAGCUUGCCUACAACCUAUCUAUCAAGGAGGGGGGAUUAAUUGCAUUCUCGAGACGUGUGCACGUGUGUGUGUGUGUGUGUGUGUGUGUGUGCGCGUGCGUGUGCGUGUGGUCUGUCUUUCUAUCUCUCAGUGCCUGUGUGUCUGUCUGUAUUUGAAACAGAUUCUAUGUAGCCCAGGUUGGCUUCAAACUAAUGACCCUGCUUCAGCAUCCAGAGUACUGUGCCUAAGAGCGUAUUUUAACAGAUGGAACUUAGAAAUGGCUAGAUGCCUCUAUACCUGAUUAUAGCAGUCAUCACUAUAAGUGUAAAUCAUGAAUCAAAAUUGACCCCUAAACAAAGCACAUGCCUUUCAGCUUGUGAAUCAAAAAAUAUUUUGCUAUAUGCUCUUAAUUCAGAGUAUUAAUUUUUUUGUAAUAGGAAUUUAUUUAUUUGUUGUCACAAAAUCUAUAAUUCUUAGUACUGAAUAAAAUUAUAUCAGCUGUUUGUCUUUGUUGAACUGGUCAUUGUUACUCUCACUCUAGAGUACCUUUAAAAACAAUAUUGGUCCUAAAAAUAAUAAAAUAAAAGCCUUAAUAGAGAUAAAA